AUCAUCAUCACCUUCCAUCGAAUAUGCAAGAAAGAUGGGAGAAACAGCAGCAGCAGCAGCAGCAACAACAACAACAUCGUCAAGACUGGCGAUGAGAACCGCCUCCGGCGGCGGCGGCGCAGGAGGAGGAGGAGAAAUCGUGGAGGUGCAAGGAGGCCACAUUGUACGGUCAACAGGGCGCAAGGACCGCCACAGCAAGGUCUGCACCGCAAAAGGUCCCCGGGACCGCCGUGUACGGCUGUCGGCACACACCGCCAUCCAAUUCUACGACGUGCAGGACCGCCUCGGCUACGACCGUCCCAGCAAGGCGGUGGAUUGGCUCAUCAAGAAGGCCAAAGCCGCCAUCGACGAGCUCGCCGAGCUCCCGGCAUGGAUCCCCACCACCACCGCCCCACCACAACACCAAUUGGUUCACCACCGUCAACCACCGGUGGACGACCCAAUAACCGUCGCUUCCAGUAGCCGCAUGGAAGCGGCGACAGUUGUGGUGGGUGGAAGAAUCUCAGAACAACAAUUUCAUACGCAACAAUUGGAAGAUGAAAACAACAAAUAUAACAGUGGUUCUGGUUUUCUUCAGUUGGACACUGACAUUGCUGAUACUAUUAAGUCCUUCUUUCCCAUGGAGGCCGCAACGGCGUCGUUUCAGAAUUACCCUCCACCUCAGGAUUUGUUGUCCCGAACGACGUCGCAGGAUCUGCGGCUUUCAUUGCAGUCCUUUCAGGACCCCAUUCUGCUUCAUCACCACCAGGCUCAGACCCACCACCACCACCACCACGAGCAAGUGCUCUUCGCCGGAAACGCCGCACUCGGCUUUGACGGCGGAUCCUUCGGUGCCGGUUGGUCUGAGCAGCAGCACCACCACCACAUGGAGGAACACGAGCAAGGACGACUACAUAGAUUGGUGGCUUGGAAUGCUGCUGCUUCUGCAGAUCCUGGUAACAGUGGCCAUGGCGGUGAGUUUAUCUUUAACUCACCGUCGCCGGCACCGGCGUCGGUGUUCGGCCAUGGCCAGUAUUUUUCUCAGAGGGGACCCCUUCAGUCCAGUAACACCCCUUCGGUUCGUGCUUGGAUAGACCCUUCGAUCGCCGAGGCGACGGUAGACCACAACCAACAUCACUACCUCUCGCCGGCGAUGUAUCAGUCUUUUUCCGGCGUCGGUUUCGCCGGCUCCGGUGGCUUCUCCGGGUUCCGCAUACCAGCACGAAUUCAGGGUGAAGAGGAACACGAUGGCGUAUCUGACAAGCCGUCCUCUGCUUCCUCUGAUUCUCGCCAUUGAUUGAAACACAAAAAAAUCCAAACUUUCCUUCUCCUUCAGGGUUCGUGGGUUGUCUUGAAGAUAAUCGAUGGAGAUCUUGCUUUUGAAAGAUUAGGGUGAAUUUUCAGGAGCAACAUGGAUGAGGAGUUUGGUUUGGAUUUCAGAUGCUUCGAUUUCAAUGGCCUAUAAGCCGUGGGAAUGAAGAAAAUCUGGGGUGAAUAUUCAGGUUUUCCAAAUCCCCGGUUUGUUCUGCUUUUUAUCUGUUAAUUUAAGUUCUACCUAUGUUUUUCAAGCUUUGACCAAGACUAGAAGAAGUACUAUGUUUGUUUUGUUUCAUCUAUGUUGGAUUUCAAUGUUCUCCUUUCUU